AUGCAACUGAUCGCGGAGGCGACGCGAUCGAUCCAUGAGGUCACCGUGUUCCGAGAGCGGUCGCUGGCGCAGUCGGAGGAGCCCAAGUUCCUGGACUUGGAAGAUGAGGAGCUGAUCCGGCGGUUGGGAACCGCCUUGCUCAGCCCCGAUAGCCAGAGUGGCGAGGACUAUAGGCCUGCAGCGGCCGACGCCGGCAGCGGCGGGCACUUGCAGCACGGCUGCGGCCACGCCGCGGGUGGCCACGGGCAGAGCGACGGACACUGUGUAGAGGCGAUUCCCCCGACGCGUCUGCGACCGAAGUCGCUCAGCUUCACCAAGAACGCUCACGGUCAUGGCCACGGCAGCUCCUGCGGCGCCGGCUGCUCGCACGGGGAGGGCGACGAUGACCUAAGGUCGCCCGACCUGACCCCGAGGCACCCGGGGCUGCACGCCGCGCAACAGGACUUCACCGUCCAGGGGAUCCACCUGGCGACGCCCAGCCACUGCCAGUUCGCAGAGGUUCCGAAGACGAUGAGCCACGGCGGCAUCGAGGUGAGUCCGUGCAGCAACCACGUCUGCUGCCCCAGCGUGGACGCGGCGGGGACCAGCGUGAUGCAGCUCAACGGGCACUGCGACUACCCCGGGCACUGCGUGCGGCUGCGCAACACCUUCAUCCACGUCGAGUGCUCCAAUGCUGGCGACGAGGACCAGGAGGACUGCGCCCUCUGCGGCAUUGUCCACCGCCAGCGCGCCCGCUCCGCCGACGACCUCGAGUUCCGGAGGAGCGGUCAGCCCGCCGCCCAUGGCGCCUCGCCGGGCGCCUCGCCCGCGCUCAGGGCGCGGGCCGAUCCCGACGGCGCGGAAGCCGCCGCCGACGCCGAGCUGGCGCCAGCGCCUGCGCCCAAGCGGGUGCCGCCCCCGGCGGCGAAGGCAGCGCCGACGGAAGAGGUCAGCGGCCGCGCGGCUGGCGGUGCGGCGCGGCAGUGGCAGUGGCAGUGAGGGCACGGAGGCAGCUGAGACAGGGUGCCCUGGCCCACUGAGCGCCGGGCGCGUACAGCGGCGACAGCCCAACGCAGGCGCAGUGAGCCUGGCGGCAGCGGGCAUGCCCGCCUGCCUCCGGGCCGCACUCGCGCGGCCUCCCGCAGGGUGCCCGCUCGCUUGUCUGGUGGUCGUGGCGUCACAGUUCCUCCUGAGCCAGGAAGCAACCACGAGGGGUGAAUUUACUGUUUGUCGUGCGGCGUGUGUCGCUUUUUGGUGCGUGCGAGGGUCUAGUUGCCAGGAAUGCUGGCAAGCACGCGUUACUUUUAGUUUCUCGAUUAGUCCCAUCCCUACCUCGUCGCCGUGUCCAACCUCCUUUCACAUUCUCACUCUUUCCCGCUCUUCCGACCCUUUACUUUUUUGCUCUUGUUCAGGAAAGAUUGCCAGAGGGGUGUAGCAAUUGUGUUGUUUCGUAUCUUCAGUCACGCAGAGUCAUGCGGCUGAGCCCAUGAGGUGCGUUGUAGGAUCUCAGUAAUACUAGCUUCCUGCCAGGAGGUCCAACCCAACAAGGGUUUUGCGACCCACAGUGCGGGUACGCGUACAGGCGAGCAGGGGUGUGUUUUUUUGUUUUGUUGUGCAUAGUGCAAGUGCCACCCAACAUGGAUGGAUAGGGAAAGGGUUCGGAAGACAA